AUGGGCCUGUUCAAGCGCAUUUAUGAUUGGCUGCUUAGCUUGUUCUGGAACACCGAGAUGGACAUCACCAUGAUCGGCCUCCAGAAUGCGGGUAAGACCUCGUUGCUGAGGGUACUAGCGGGCGGCGAGUUCACGAUCGACUCCAUACCAACUGUCGGCUUCAACAUGAAGCGGGUGCAGAAGGGCCAUGUGACAUUGAAAUGCUUCAUCGUGGACUCGGCCGACAAAGAAGCCCUCCCAGUCGCCAAGGAGGAGCUCCACAUCCUUCUCGAAAAGCCAGCCAUGGAAGGCAUUCCACUCCUGGUCCUUGGCAACAAAUCCGACCUGACGGACCACGCGACCGUCGACCAACUCAUCGAAGCUCUCAAUCUUAAGGCCGUGACGCACCGAGAAGUAAGCUGCUACGGCAUUAGCGCCAAGGAGGAGACCAACCUGGAUGCUGUCCUGCAGUGGCUCAUCGCCCGGGCCCAAAAGUGA